GCCCAAUGCGGCAGGUGCGCAGCAACUCAAUCAACCACCCUGCAGCUCUCCCGUCCAACCUUGUUCAUUCCUUUUUUCCUCGCCAUUCGUAAAGCUCCAUACUCCGCGUUCAGAGGUGCACCAGACUACUGACUACAGGUAGGUCGACAACCAAGAUGCCCACCGCCAACGUAAACAACAUCUCCAUCAACUACAGCCUCGAAGGAAGCGGGCAAGGCGAUCUGCUCGUCUUCAUCAAUGGCCUCGCCGACGACCUCACAACCUGGGACUUCAACGUCCCCGCCUUCCUGGAAGCAGGCUUCCGCGUCCUGCGCUACGACAAUCGAGGCAUAGGGAAGACGUCCAAACCGUCCGGCCCCUACACCGCCGAGCUGCUGGCCGACGAUCUCCACGCUCUCCUGCUCGAAUUGCAGAUCGGUAGCUUCCACCUCUUGGGCGUCAGCAUGGGCGGCAUGAUUGCGCAGAGCUAUGCAUUGAAGUACCCCAACUCUGCCUCUUCCGGGCCGCGGCUGCUCUCGCUCUCGCUGUGCUGCACCUACGCGCAGCCUACCACGUUUUGCUCCCGCAUGUUCGCCCUCUGGGAAGACAUGGCGCAGCGCAUGUCGGUGCAGGAUGUGAUGCGCGACGUGACGGUGUGGGCCUUUACCGUGCCCUUCUUCCGGCAGCGCACGGCGGAGCUGGAGGAGUUUGAGGCGGCGAUGGCGCAGCUGGACAUGUCUACCGAGGCGUAUUUGAGUCAGUUGAAUGUAAUUCAGCAGUUUGAUACGACGGGGCGGUUGCAGGAGUUGAAGGGAGCGGGGAAGGGCCUGGGCGGAUUGAAGGGGCGGCAGGUGAUGGUGCUAGCGGGACGGACGGACAUAUUAAUUCCGGUGGUGUUGAGCCAGGAGCUAUCGCAGAGUGUUGAGGGCUCGCAGUUCUUGACGUGCAAAGGUGGGCAUGCUUGUUUGGUGAGUUACAAUAUCAUUAUCGCCAAGGUUGCAUACAUGAGACUGAUUGAUGACAGUGGGAGUUUCCCGACGAUUUCAACAAAGUCGCCAUUGGCUUCCUCGACCAGCAUCGAGAGAAGAAGUCAUGAUCUGACAUGUAGCCCACUGCCUCAACGCCAUGCACGACACUGUUCUGUCCCAUGUACCCGAGCAUCACGACACCGAACUCGCCGGCCCCCCUCGCUGCCCCAACACGCCACCAACAUCCACCUCCUUCUUCUCCUCCUUCUGCACCGCCUCUCUCCGCGGCGCCUGCUCGGCCUUCUUGCGGUCCAAAUCCGACUCCAUCCCAUCCUGCGAUGUCCCCGAGUUCCCCUUUGAUCUGUCCUUCACCGCAUCCGCGACCUUACCUUCGCCAGGCGCGCCCAUCUGCUCCGCUUCAUCGACAUGGCUCUCGCCCUUUGCCCCCGCGCUAAGAUCGUCUGGGUUCUCGCCGGGGCCACCGCCUUCGAUGCCCUGGGCGGAAGCAGAGGGCGUGGCUUCGGAGCUGGAGGUGGUUUGCUUGGAGGGGAUGCGUUGCUCUCUGUUUAUGUUUUGUCCGUCAUUAGCUGCUACUACGAGGUCCAUGACUGAGGUAUGGGCACUGCUCGUACACUUGUGAUCCGCUUUGUUGUGCUUUUGAGUCGGAUUUCUCUUGGGGCUCUUUGGAGGCUGCAUUGCCUUGGGUGCUGUACGCCUCGUCCUUGCCCGGUUGCUGGCUCAUGAUUGCAAAAGUCCUUGUCUAGUUGAUUUGGUGGAUGGUCUUGUUCUUUCUGAGUUGGGAAAGUGAAGUAAUUGUUGUAAAGAGCCAAUGGGCAAU